AUGGCUUGGGCGUUGAUCCAUUCUGCUUGGCUUCACUAUCUCUUAGCCAUCAUCAAUGCCCACGACUGGACCAUGCGCUAUGUGACGACAUUCGCAACUGAGGUCUUUUCGUUGCUGAAUUCUAUCAUUUAUUUUCACAAGGCUAUCCAGGAGCUUCAGAGAGCGCACGCAACUCUUUCCUUCGCAGCUUUCCUCUACGCCGUGAUCGGCGCCUCUGGAACCAUGCUUCUUGCCAUCUUCCUUUCAACUGCUGAGAGCUGGCGCCCUCUCUUCCAUCGCUAUGUUAGAGUCGGGCUGAAAGAGUAUGCUGCCGCGAUCUCAAUAAUCUUAUUCAUUGGGUUGCCUCACAUAGGCGAACUCGCGCACCUGGAUAAGAUGACACUGCCAGUAUCCAGCUCAUUCCGACCAACUUCACCGAACCGGAAUAUUUUUCUCGUCGAAUUCUGGAAACUGCCCGUGCAAUGGGUCUUUGCUGCUAUUGUUCCAGGGCUGAUCAUCACGAUGCUGUUCUUUUUCGACCAUGAAGUCAGCUCCAUCAUCUGCACCAUCGACCGGUAUGGGACUCGCAAACCAGGAGGAUUUGCUUGGGACAUCAUUUUGCUAGGAACAACCACCGCUCUUUGUGGAAUUCUCGGUAUCCCACCAGCCAACGGUCUUCUACCGCAGGCUCCCCUUCAUUCGGAGUCUUUGAUGCACGCGGAAAAGGAGGAAGUAAGCAUCAUUGUUGAUGGCGAGGAAAAAAUUCAUACGCAUGAAGUCCAGCGUGUUUACGAGCAGCGUUGGUCAUCUUUUCUCCACGCUGCAGCGAUCAUGCUGUUUCUCAGUCCUCCGUUCAUGAAAGUUCUUGGCUUGACACCAACCAGUGUCCUGGCAGGACUUUUCCUCUUCAUGGGGGAACAGAGUUUGUCGGUGAAGUACGUACCAUUGUUAUCCCUGCGGAUUUGGAGACUAACGUUUCCGCCUAGUCCGAUCUUGUAUCGCACAUUCUACCUCCUUACGCCACCAUCGGAACUUCCACCACUACCGGCAUCUCUUCGCAAGAAAAGCGCCUCCGAUGAUUCUGCGGAGGGCACACCAUCCUACCUUCCAAUCCACCUUUACACUCUUCUUCAGGUCGGAGUUACAGUUUUGAUCUUUAUUCUUACAUUGACGCGAGGAGCACCAGCAUUCCCAGUUCUCAUCAUCGCCCUAGUUCCUUUCCGGCUCAUGCUUAUGAAGCGCUGGUGGCCGAGAGAGGUUCUUCGCUUUGUCGACGCCUGGGCCUGUCGUGAGGGAACACCAGAAGAUGACGAAGACGCAAGAGACAAAUCCAGUCCUGGAGAACAAGAUUCGAGUGGCGAUGGUCUCGCAGGAGCUCUCAGCCAGUAUGGGGGAGGGCCUAGAAGUGAAUCGCCUAUAAUUGCGACUAGUGCCUUUUCAAAGCCGUCUGAUCACGGUUACGAUGUUGCUGAUCAAAGAAUAUGGGGCAUGGAUCAUGACGGUAUGAACAAUGAGUGGGUUGAACUAAGAAGUCGGGUUCAAACCGAUGAAGAGUUAGCCCAUAGUUGA